AUGUCCUCGGACAUCAACUGGACUCCGGCUGUGACGGCCGUCACCUUCUACGCCUUUGUAAUUGUAACUGCGGAGGUAUGUCGAAAGACGGUGGAACAAUUCUAUCGGAAGGGAUCCCAGCCUUACCUCUUCUUCAUGGAACUGAUCGCGGUUACUCAACAAUGCACUUGUGUCUAUGAAAAUGGUAUGAAUAUCCUCAAAUAAAAAAGAGCAUCGUAUUUUAGCGAUUAUGAUAAAGAAUUAUGGUCCCAUCGGGUUCUUCUCGGCUGUUUUCACCAUCCUGGUGGUUACUGCUCAGUACAACAGAGGAGCUUACAUUUCUCCGUUGCUGCCAGUAGAGAUGGCAUGGAAAGAGGCAAUGGAUUCGGUCACAUUGCUGACUUUGCUGGCUGCUCAGACCCUCGGGGGAUACUCGGCUUCGAGAAUAGCGGAUAGCUUAUGGUACUACACGAGUGGCUACUCUGCUGAACAUGCUCAAUUAUAUUCCAACUUGCCAUGUGCUUUGAAAUACCAUGUAAGACUUAUAGAUACGAAGAGCCCUUCUUUUGUGACGUAACAUUAGUUGAAUUGUUGCAGGUGCCAUUUAUUUUUGCAUUGGGAUAUGAAUUCCUUGGUUGUUUCGUCUUGAGACUGGUUUUGUCCAAUCUCAGUUUGAAGUACCGGAGAUAUAUAAUGCCUUUCGUCACCUCUGCUGCCCUCACAUUUGGUAGGUUCUGAUUUUUAGUGAAAUUCUUUCAAAAAUACUGUCAAAAUCUUGAUCGUUGUAUUUUUUAGCACUGGUAUACGUUGGAGUCCCCGGACUGAACCCGGUUACCACCUCGUCCAGACUCAUGGGCUGCCCCGGCCUUGAUCUUCAAUGGUUUAUGAUCACUUAUUGGACUGCUCCUGUUCUGGGAUGGAUGGCCGCCUCAUAUAUUGAUAGGAAGAAGUUGUUCAAGGUCCCCAAGAAAGGAAAUCCCGUCCCUGAACAGCCCAAGGUCAACAAGAAAAAGAAGAACAAGUAG